AUGGGUUUCGAAGCGGCGGAGGAACGUGUGCAUACCGUGUUCAUCGUCGAAACUGAAGUGCCGCAAUACUCGAAGUCGCCGAGCAACUGCAUCAGAGCUACAGAUUCAGCUCAACAAGAUUCUAUUGAUACGGAAGAACCUGUGAGCACACAUCUGUUAGAGCCAGAUGUACUCCUCGAAGCACAGCCAGAGACACGCGUCCCGGAUACGUCAAAUUCUUUAGGCUGGGAUGACGGACAGACCAAUUCGCUUUCGUCGGCACACGACCUUCACGGCCUUGACUGGACUAGGAGUAUUGAUGAUGCUCUCAUAGGAACCUCAGACUCGGUCAUCGAUCCUUCUAAUCAAAUUCCUCUUGUCGAUUUCGAUUGGAUAUUCAGCAUCAAUGAUGAGGAACUACCUGGCGCUGUGACUGAUUUCUAUACUCCACAGCUACAUGAUCCCAGCCCAAUUCGAGCCAAACUUCAGUACGCGAAUGUAGACUCGGAAGGCUGUCAGACACCAGUACCGGCCUCACACCCUUCUACCGACUUGAAUAGUCCCGGCCUGCGAGAGGUAUGGCCAAUAGCUUGGCUGGAAGAAUCAGCUCAAUCUUCCGGCUUUCCUGUUCUUGGUGAACCGGAACUGAGUAAUCAAAAGUCGGCAAAUUUCUACCAAAUUCGUCCCAUUGAUUCAAAUGCGAGAGAAUCUAUGAUCGAAGUACUCAGUCUCCCCACAAAGCAAACCUUGUGGAAGCCUACAUCCCUUGCGAAUUUUCUCGAAAGUCGACACAUCGACCAGUGCAUUGAUAUGUAUUUUGCUCAUUUUGAUAAGACUAUAUCAUUCAUUCAUCGCCCAACAUUUAAUCCUUCUGAGGACCUGAUUGUAACCUUGGCCAUGGCGUGCAUUGGUCUCUGUUACACUGGACUGAGAGGUGCAAACGCCUUUGCUAAUUUGUUGUCGGAGUACCUUCGACGUCUCCUGAUAUUUAUGGGAGAAUCAGACCCGGUCUUUCUCAGGACAGAGGUUUAUGUCAAGUCUCAGCUGCUGCAGUGUAUUCAUGGUGUGGCUAGUGGCAAUAAGCGGCUUUUCGAAUUCAGCAGAUCUCAACGAAGCUUCCUGGUCAGCCAGUGUAAGUACAUGGGUCUUUUCGCUAAUCAGCCUUGGUUCGACAACCUGCAAAAGCCACUGGAAGAGCGAUGGCGUAGCUGGGCGGCGCAGGAGGCACGCACACGUCUCGCAUGGGCAGUCUUUGAGUUUGAUAUGACCGGUGGGCAUAUGCACAAUACUGCGCCUUGCCUGUCAUUAGCCGACGUACAACUAAAUCUUCCCUGCUCUAUCGAUCAUUGGACCGCAAGCUCUCCUCAAGCCUGCGCUGCACUAACGCCUUGGAGUGCAAGCUUUCCCCAAGGACCGUCCCUGCAUAAGGUUCUACUGGACAUCAAGACUCCCCAUGCUAACCUGGAUGUCGACGAUGAGCCUACAGAUCGGCAUCACAAAUUGAUAAUCGCCUUUCACCUGGUUCGAGAUCUGUACAGCAUCUCACAGCUAUGCGGCAGCCCCAUCUCGAGCCUUACGCAAGGUACAGUCGACUUCGAGAAGAGCCGCUCUAACCUUCUUUCAACUCUUGAGUCUCAACUAGAACCUCUGAGCAUCCAGAGUAUGUUCAAGGGUCCAUCAGAACUUGCCAUUCUGAUGCAUAGGACCCUGCUUACACGUACGGCCAUGGUUUUCGGAAUGGGCCUAGUGCCUACCUGGCUCUACUCACUUUUGUGCGAAGAGACUUCGGCCCAGGCACGAGGAAAGCUUCGAGCCUGGACCCUCGACGAUCCUAGCCGAGCCAGACGGGUAAUGUAUCAAUGUGCUCAGAUACUUACGGCAGUACGAACGUUUCCGUGCAAUUUGCAUUACGAACCAUACAGCGUUUUCCACGCUGGACUUACUAUAUGGUCUCUGAUUGACAUUUUGCCUGGCGAGAAUAUUGCAGGCGAGACGAGACAUCUACAAAUUGAUCGUAUUCAAGGCGACGACCGCGAAAUAGACGCUCUGAUUGAUGACUGGAUCCAGAAUAAGACACCGGCCGCCGUCGGGAUCCAUGAGAUACCUGACCUGUGGGGAUUUGAAAGCCGCCGACAGUUGCUGUAUCAGAUUUCUCAAAUGUUGAGACGAAUGCGAGCAUUUGGUCUUGCCAGAAGUUUUUUGAAUGUAAUACUAGGCCUACUGAAGAGUAGCAAAAAUUGGUAG